AUGGUCGGGGACAGGAAGACUGUUACGGUUAACGAACCCAUAGACUGGCUUUCCACACGGUGUAACCCCCAUAACGAAGGCCCUGUGAGCCUUACAGAAGGCCCUGUGAGCCUUACAGAAGGCCCUGUGACCCUUACAGAAGGCCCUGUGACCCUUACAGAAGGCCCUGUGACCCUUACAGAAGCCCCUGUGACCCUUACAGAAGGCCCUGUGACCCUUACAGAAGCCCCUGUGACCCUUACAGAAGCCCCUGUGACCCUUACAGAAGGCCCUGUGACCCUUACAGAAGGCCCUGUGAGCCUUACAGAAGGCCCUGUGACCCUUACAGAAGGCCCUGUGACCCUAACAGAAGGCCCUGUGAGCCUUACAGAAGGCCCUGUGACCCUUACAGAAGGCCCUGUGACCCUUACAGAAGGCUCUGUGACCCUUACAGAAGCCCCUGUGACCCUUACAGAAGGCUCUGUGACCCUAACAGAAGGCCCUGUGACCCUAACAGAAGGCCCUGUGACCCUUACAGAAGGCCCUGUGACCCUUACAGAAGGCCCUGUGACCCUUACAGAAGGCCCUGUGACCCUUACAGAAGGCCCUGUGACCCUUACAGAAAGCCCUGUGACCCUUACAGAAGCCCCUGUGACCCCUUACAGAAGGCCCUGUGACCCUUACAGAAGCCCCUGUGACCCUUACAGAAGCCCCUGUGACCCUUACAGAAGGCUCUGUGACCCUUACAGAAGCCCCUGUGAGCCUUACAGAAGGCCCUGUGACCCUUACAGAAGCCCCUGUGACCCUAACAAAAGCCCCUGUGACCCUUACAGAAAGCCCUGUGACCCUUACAGAAGGCCCUGUGACCCUAACAGAAGCCCCUGUGACCCUUACAGAAGCCCCUGUGACCCUUACAGAAGGCCCUGUGACCCUUACAGAAGGCCCUGUGACCCUUACAGAAGGCCCUGUGACCCUUACAGAACCCCCUGUGACCCUUACAGAAGGCCCUGUGACCCUUACAGAAGGCCCUGUGACCCUUACAGAAGGCCCUGUGACCCUUACAGAAACCCCUGUGAGCCUUACAGAAGGCCCUGUGACCCUUACAGAAGGCCCUGUGACCCUUACAGAAGGCCCUGUGACCCUUACAGAAGGCCCUGUGACCCUUACAGAAGCCCCUGUGACCCUUACAGAAGCCCCUGUGACCCUUACAGAAGCCCCUGUGACCCUUACAGAAGCCCCUGUGACCCCUUACAGAAGAAGUAA